UAAUACAUAAAGUGUCCGGACUGGAAGGGGGGGGAAAGUGUCCGGACAGGAAGGGGGUGAAAGUGUCCGGACUGGAAGGGGGUGAAAUGUGUCCGGACUGGAAGGGGGGAAAGUGUCCGGACUGGAAGGGGGGGGGGGAAAGUGUCUGGACUGGUAGGGGGGGGAAAAAGUGUCCGGACUGGAAGGAUGGGGAAAGUGUCCGGACUGGAAGGGGGGGGGAAAGUGUCCGGACUGGAAGGGGGGGAAAGUGUCCAGACUGGAAGGGGGUGAAAGUGUCCGGACUGGAAGGGGAUGAAAGUAUCCGGACUGGAAGGGGGGGGGGAAAGUGAAAGUGUCCGGACUGGAAGGGGGGGGGAAAGUGUCCGGACUGGAAGGGGGGGGGAAAGCAUCCGGACUGGAAGGGGGGGAAAGCGUCCGGACUGGAAGGGGGGGAAAGCGUCCGGACUGGAAGGGGAGGAAAGUGUCCGGACUGGAAGGGGGGGAAAGCGUCCGGACUGGAAGGGGGGGAAAGCGUCCGGACUGGAAGGGGGGAAAGCGUCCGGACUGGAAGGGGGGGGGAAAGCGUCCGGACUGGAAGGGGGGGAAAGUGUCCGGACUGGAAGGGGGGGAAAGUGUCUG